GAAACACGGGCAGUUGUGCUUUGAGUGUGACUGCCGCACACAGGAGCAGUUAGCAUUUCAUAUUUCUAAACCAAUUCAAAGCCACUCGUUUAUUAUAAAGUUUUCCAAAACAGCGAAGUAGUAGAUAUGAUUAAGCAGUUUAUCUAAAGCACCCCAGGUUUGCAGUUAUGUCUUUUCACCAGGACCGCGGUGGAGGCAGCGGGACCCAGCAGCACAGCUCCUCUCAGCCUUAUCACCCUCCUCCACCUACACCUCCGGGCGUCCCUCCUCCCCCUCUCCCUCCAUCUUAUCCCUACGACCCGCAGUGCCCCUCUUCUCACCCUCCUCCCGCCUACCACUAUGGCAUACCUCCCCCUCAUGGCGACUUCAUGCAAUACCCUCCUCCUCCAUCACUCCCUCCUCCUCCUUCCUCCUCCCAGUCCAAUCCAAUCAGAGCUCCAUUUCCAAAAACAACAAUACGUCAAGGUUUUCCGGACACUCCACCCAACUUUCCUCCACCUCCUCUUCAUCAAAAUGCAUAUAACCCGUACAUGAUGCCCCCUCCGCCCUUACCACACCCAUCUAUGCCUCCUCCUCAGUCUGUAAACUACCCUCCACCCUAUUACCCUCCUCAUCCACCCUUCCCUCCACCCCAGUUUAACCCAGGAUACUCACAAAACCAAGGACCACCCAAACAAGACCCAAGUUUUCGCCACGGGGGUCAUUUUAAGCAGGAAGGAGGUCGACGGUCACCAGAUAGGGGGUAUAGACAUGAGGAGCAUAGACAGAAAGGGUAUGGGGGUUAUGGAGGAGGGGACAGACACAAGAUGGAGUUUGGGAGAGGGGAGGGGAAGGACAGAGGGAGGAGUCCAGACAGACGCGGGCGACCAGAGAGUGGACGUUUCAGGCAGGACUAUGAUAGAGGACGAACUCCACCAAGGCACAGGAGCAGAGACAGGAGCAGAGAGAGGCAUCGCCACAGAGACAGUCGCAGGUCCCAGUCUCCAGACAGACACAGGAAAAGGCCCAGAAGCCGUUCUUCAAGCCGUGAUCGUAAGCGCGGGCGAUGGGAGGAGGAGAGGGACAAGAGGUCGGACAGUUCCUCCUCCAAAGACAGGGGGCAUGGUUCUGUCCGGAGCAGAGAUUCGGAGGAGAGCUCCACGGACAGAGAGAGGGAGAGAGAAAGGGAGAAAGAGAGGGAGAGAGAGAAAGGAGAGGAGGAGAAAGAGGAGGAGGAGCUACUUAAACCUGCUUGGAUACGCUGCACUCACGCUGAGAACUACUACUCCAAUGACCCUAUGGACCAAGUGGGCGACUCUACAGUUGUGGGAACCAGUAAACUGCGAAACCUUUAUGAACGUUUUGAAGAAGAACUGGGGAGGAGACAGGAGCGAGCCAAACAAGCACGUCCCAAAUGGGAGCCACCAAAAACCAAACUGGACGAAGACCACGAGGGCAGCAGCAGUGAGUCUGAGUGUGAGUCGGACGCCGAGGGCAGUUCCUGUUCCUCCUCCUCAGACUCUGAAGUGUUUGACGUCAUUGCUGAAAUCAAAAGGAAGAAGGCUCAUCCAGACAGACUGCACGAGGAGCUAUGGUACAAUGACCCGGGACAGAUGAAUGAUGGGCCCUUAUGUAAGUGCAGUGCCAAAGCCAGACGCACUGGGAUCCGCCACAGCAUCUACCCCGGAGAAGAGCCUGUAAAACUCUGUCGUCCAAUGAACAACAAUGCAGGAAAACUGUUCCACUACCGCAUCACAGUGUCUCCUCCCACCAACUUUCUGACUGACCGGCCGACAGUGAUCGAGUACGAUGACCACGAGUACCUGUUUGAAGGCUUCUCCCUUUUCUCCCACACCCCCCUCACUAAUAUCCCAUUGUGUCGCGUCAUUCGCUUCAACAUAGACUACACGAUUCACUUCAUAGAGGAGAUGGCUCCAGAGAAUUACUGUGUCCGGGGUCUGGAGCUGUUUUCCUCAUAUCUGUUCCAGGACAUUCUAGAGCUGUAUGACUGGAACCUCACAGGUCCAGAUGAAGAGAGUGAAACGCCCCAGUGCCAGCGCUUCCACUUCAUGCCACGCUUUGUCAGAUUUCUACCUGAUGGGGGUAAAGAGGUCCUGUCCAUGCACCAGGUCCUAUUGUACGUGCUCCGGAGCAGUAAGCCUCUGGUCCCGGCUGAGGAGAUUGCAGACAUGCUGCAGUGGGAGGAACUUGAGUGGCAGAAGUAUGCAGAGGAGUGUAAAGGCAUGAUCGUCACCAACCCCGGCAUGAAGCCGAGCUCGGUUCGAAUCGACCAGCUGGACAGAGAGCAGUUUAACCCCGAGGUCAUCACUUUUCCCAUCAUCGUGCACUUUGGGAUCAGACCUGCUCAGCUCAGCUACGCAGGGGACCCCCAAUAUCAGAAGCUGUGGAAGAGCUAUGUCAAACUGCGCCACCUACUGGCUAACAGUCCCAAGGUCAAACAGAUGGACAAACAGAAGCUCACCCAGAGAGAGGAGGCCCUUCAGAAGAUCCGUCAGAAGAACACGAUGAGGAGGGAGGUGACUGUGGAGCUGAGCAGUCAGGGCUUUUGGAAAACCGGGAUCCGCUCUGACGUUUGCCAGCAUGCAAUGAUGCUGCCCGUCCUCACUCACCACAUCCGCUAUCACCAGUGUCUCAUGCACCUGGACAAACUCAUCGGCUACGUCUUCAAGGAACGCUGCCUCCUACAGUUGGCCAUGACUCACCCCAGUCACCACCUGAACUUUGGCAUGAACCCCGACCACGCCAGAAACUCCCUCUCCAACUGCGGCAUCAGACAGCCCAAAUAUGGAGACAGGAAGGUGCACCACAUGUACAUGAGGAAGAAGGGCAUCAACACUCUGAUUAAUAUCAUGUCUCGACUCGGGCAGGACGACCCCUCCCCGUCCAGGAUAAAUCACAAUGAGAGACUGGAGUUUUUGGGUGAUGCGGUGGUGGAGUUUCUAACCAGUGUGCACUUGUACUACCUGUUCCCGAAUCUGGAGGAGGGAGGACUGGCUACCUACAGAACAGCCAUAGUCCAGAACCAACACUUAGCCAUGCUCGCCAAGAAGUUGGAGUUGGACCGGUUCAUGCUUUACGCUCACGGGCCAGAUCUGUGCAGAGAGUCAGACCUGAGGCACGCCAUGGCCAACUGCUUUGAGGCGCUCAUCGGUGCUGUGUAUCUUGAAGGAGGACUAGAUGAGGCGCGGCAGCUUUUUGGUCGACUUCUUUUCAACACAGAGGACAUGCGGGAAGUCUGGCUGCACUACCCCCCACACCCCCUACAGGUGCAGGAGCCUCAAACCGACAGACACCUGAUCGACACAUCUCCAGUGCUCCAGAAACUCACUAGUUUUGAGGAGUCGAUCGGAGUCCUGUUCACCCACGUCAGGCUGCUGGCCCGGGCCUUCACUCUGAGGACUGUUGGAUUCAACCAUCUCACACUAGGUCACAAUCAGAGGAUGGAGUUUCUGGGGGAUUCGAUCAUGCAGCUCGUGGCCACUGAGUAUCUGUUUAUCCACUUCCCCGAUCACCACGAGGGACAUUUAACUCUCCUGCGCAGUUCGCUGGUGAAUAAUCGCACUCAGGCCAAAGUCGCGGAGGAGCUCGGGAUGCAGGACUUCGCCAUCACCAAUGACAAAACCAAACGGCCUGUGGCUCUAAGGACCAAGACCCUCGCCGAUCUGCUCGAGUCCUUCAUCGCGGCUCUGUACAUCGACAAGGACCUGGAGUUUGUGCACACUUUUAUGAACGUCUGCUUCUUCCCACGACUCAAGGAGUUCAUUUUAAACCAGGACUGGAACGACCCCAAGUCUCAGCUGCAGCAGUGCUGUCUGACCCUGAGGACGGAGGGCAAAGAGCCGGAUAUACCUCUGUACAAGACUCUGCAGACGGUGGGUCCAUCUCAUGCUCGGACCUACACUGUGGCCGUGUAUUUUAAAGGAGAGAGGAUCGGCUGUGGAAAAGGACCAAGUAUCCAGCAGGCAGAGAUGGGAGCUGCGAUGGACGCUCUGGACAAAUAUAACUUCCCUCAGAUGGCCCAUCAGAAGCGCUUCAUCGAGCGCAAAUACAGACAGGAGCUGAAGGAGAUGAGACGAGAGAGAGAAAGACAAGAGAGAGAGAGCGACGACGCGGAUGACGGAGGCAGGAAGUGAAAACAACCCACCAGCCAAUCAGAAGGGGGCACAGGACAACCCAGCCAAUGCAGAGACUGCACAUUACUCACUAGCCAACCAAAAGACAUCACAUUAUCCAGAUAAGCAACCAGGACAUGCCACAGAUCCAAACUAAUUUAUCAUUUAGCCAAUUCAGACACAACAUCUUACCAACCCAGCCCGUCAGGAGAUGGUACGGUCCCCGUGGGGUAAAUCCAGAGACAGGACAGUACCCAACUAACCAAUGAGGACACAAAGCAGAUCCAAACCAGCCACUCAGGGGGUGGCACAGUACACAACCAGUCAGGUGACUCAAAUCAGUGCAGUUUUUUUAGCAAUUAAGCCAAGAGACUUUAUUUUUUUUAAAUUGAAAUAUUGACCUAUGGAAUAAUGUGUUGGUCCAAGUUUUAAUACACUUCUGAAUGGGCCAAUCAGAGCACAUCAUGUGUCAGAGUCAUGUGUUAGCCUUUUUAAUGAACUGACCAAUUGGAAAAGAGGAUGAUUACAAAAAAGAAAUACUGAUUGAAAAUUUUACCAAGAGACUUUAAAUUCAAGAUGAAAGAAGGAACAGCCACUGUGUACUUCCUUAUGAAUGAAGAAGGGCAGGAAGUAGGGCUCAGAAUUGGCCAAUCAGGGAACAGAAGUCAUAAGCCAAUGAAAUGUACAGUAUUUUAUGAACUGACUGAAGACUUAUCUUAGUUUUAGGAUGGUAUUAAAAAUGGGAAAAAAAAAAUACAUAUAUGAAUUGAUAACACAACACAUGACUCACGACUCCAAUGUUACUGUUAAAAAUGUCAGAGUGAUUUUCAAAGCUACAUGUGUUGUGUGUAUAUUUACAGUUUUAAUGGUCCAGCUGUGGCCUGGAGCACAUGUGGCCCUCCAGACAAUUAUUCUUGGCCCUCAUUGGUCACUGUAAAGCAUCAAUUCAUAGUUGGAUAAGUAUAAUAGUAAAAAAAAAAAAAAUGCCAUUUUACAAUGUGACAACAGAGCUCUACAUUGUGCUUAUCCUCUGCAUUAAAUCAUUUUGUUUGAGUUUGAGUCUAUAUAUAUUGUGUAAACUAUUUUGGGGUAUGAUCAUUUGGUUUACCCAGCUCUGCCCUCAAAGCCAG